AUGCUAUCCUUACCUUCUAACCAAUCGGCCAAUCACGCUAUCCUUACCUUUCAACCAACCCCUUCGAUUCAGUUUCUGCAGCAGUAUAUAAUCUCGGACCCGAUGGAUGCCUACAGAAAAAUUUGUUUUCCAGCAGUGAUGGCAAGAAUCCGCGAAAUAAUGUUCUUUCUCCUUUUUGUGUUCUUUCUGAAUGGAGCUACGCGAGGGAAAGCUCAGCUUUCUACUCUGCCGCAAAAGGGGGCCGCUUUCUUCCCCCCCAAAAUGCCAGUUCCGCCAUCAGGGCCUAGCAAGAAGCAUAAUUCUGUUCCAAAGCUUCGUUUCAUUCCAGCAACAGUAGUCUAUGGUUCGAAGCGCCGUGUUCCAUCCGGCGCGAAUCCUCUCCAUAACUAG